UCUCUCUAUAACAAAUUAACCACUUUUUUUUUUUCUUUUUCUUCUUGACAUCAAAUCAAUAAUUAGUCCCCUCCUCCGGCGCAACGCCGACCACCAUGAGCCCAGCUAAAUCCUGCGACAUCAAUGGCCCACGCCCAUCUCCCUUGUUGAUCCAUAAACACUCUCGCUUGAUUCGUAAGCCGCCGCCGCAGCUCCGGCAGCCGCUCAUUAUUUACACCCAUUCCCCCAAAAUCAUCCACACCCAGCCCAAGGAUUUCAUGGCCCUCGUCCAGCGCCUCACCGGCUUCACCCCGCCGCCGCCGCCCCACGCCGACGACUCCGACAGAAAUAACAACGUUAAUUUUGAUAACGAUUCUUCCUCGGUUCUAACGGAGGAGGUUAAUUGUGGGGACCACAACCACCACCCCUCCUACGUUAAGGAAGUCCAGAGUCAGAGUCAGAGCCAUUCGUUUUUGGCCGACGUUCCGUUAUUCACGCCGGCGGGUCUCCGAUAUGCGCCCGAUGCGACGUCGUUUGCGUCCCCCGGCUUGCCUAAUUCCUUGUCCCCCUCUUUCAUGGAGUUUCUCAAAGGCUUGCCCGAAUUUUAGGAUCAUCCGUCAUCUUAUUAAAUUUGAAUUUUUUUCCUUUUCCUGGGAAUUUUUAAUUUGUGUUAAAAUCUUGUUCAUAAACUUGGAUUGAUCCAAUCCAUUAGAGAAACAACUAUAAUUUGUGAAUUAGUUAUCAUAAUUAUUCAAUUCAUU